AUGGACGAGGCCGCGGGAGAUUUGAAGCAGGCGCUGCCAAACGUGUGCGACAGCGUCCAGAUACACGUGGAAGUUCACCAGAAGUCAAACAGUGCGGCCAAGAAAGAAGAUAUCAGGACAGGUGUCUUAAAGCUGUUGAACAGACAUAACAUCGUGUUUGGUGACUACAAGUGGACAGAAUUUGAUGAUAGUUUCCUUAACAGCAAUGUGCAGUCUGUGUCAAUUGUGGAUACAGAGCUGAAACUGAAAGACAGACAGCCUAUUGACUUGAGCAAAAGCAGUCUUUCUCUUCAUAUUUUUCAUCUGAAUGAAGAAGGACCAAGCUCUGAGAACCUGGAAGAAGAGAAUGAGGAUAUAAUUGCUGCUAACCACUGGCUGCUACCAGCAGCUGAAUUCCAUGGCCUUUGGGAAAGUCUUAUAUAUGACGUUGAAGUAAAAUCACACUUACUUGAUUAUGUGACGACAACAUUACUAUUUUCUGACAGAAACGUUGACAGCAACCUGAUAUCGUGGAACAGAGUUGUUUUGCUGCAUGGUCCUCCUGGAACUGGUAAAACCUCUCUCUGUAAAGCAUUGGCUCAGAAGCUGACAAUUCGACUGUCGUACAGGUAUAGGUAUGGACAGCUAAUUGAGAUAAACAGCCAUAGCCUUUUCUCUAAAUGGUUUUCUGAGAGUGGCAAGCUAGUAACCAAGAUGUUCCAGAAGAUUCAAGAGUUAAUUGAUGACAAAGAUGCUCUUGUGUUUGUCCUGAUUGAUGAGGUAGAAAGCCUCACAGCAGCCCGCAGUGCCUUCAAGGCAGGCACAGAGCCUUCAGAUGCUAUUCGUGUGGUGAAUGCUGUACUGACACAAAUAGAUCAGAUUAAAAGGUAAACUCAUGUUAUUGCAACAGCAAAAGG